AUGUCAGAGAAGAAAGAAUUAUAUUGCUUAGCAGAUAUAUGUUUAAUUCCAAUUGGAAUGAAUACCCCAAGUGUAUCAAAUGAAAUAGCACUAAUAAGUAACCUCGCUAAAAAACAAACAAAAGUUAAAACUACAUUACAAUCAAGUGGGACAGUAAUUGAAGGACCAAUUGAUGAUGUUUUAGAUUUGAUAAAGCAAUUCCACGUGUUGCUACAUGAUAAUGGAGUUGUUAGAAUUCAAAGUGAUAUUAGAUUGGGUACAAGGAUUGAUAAAGUACAAAGUCCUCAGGAUAAGCUUGAUGUUGUUUAUAAAAAAUUAAAAGCUUUGGAUUAA